AUGGAAAAGCAACCAUCACCAACGCUACUUAAUCUUCCUCAUCACGCAAUUGCCAAAAUUAUGUUUGAGAGGUGGAAAUUGGACCGCAAAUAUCAACCCAUCCUUUCAUUAUUAUACACUUGCAAACAGCUAUACUAUGACCACUAUCAUAUUUUGUACAUGUUGACGCCACUUGUUCUUGGAAAAUCAAAAGACUCAACCCAUCCAAGAGAUUUACAGAAAUGGGUUCGGACUAGAGCUUGCUGCAAAAUUCGAACUAUUUAUUUGAUUAAACCAAAAAAGGCAAUAAUCAUGGUAGUUCAUAGAUUCCCCAAUUUGGAAACAGUUUCAAUCAGCACAUCGGUGAAUGAUAUAAUCACGAUUUUGUAUAAAUUACCUCCUUCUGUGUCAGACUUGAGCUUAUGCAUAACCAGGAAUGGAAUGAGGAAAACCGUAUUGGAGGUUGUCAAUGUACCCACUUUCAAAUUGAAAAAGUUGAAGUUCAACUCAGUUUGUUGCAUUCGAAGAACAAGGUUCUCAUCCUUUUAUGACACAAUCGUGGGACCCAUAACUAGAAAUUCAACAGACCCACACUAUUACAAGCAAUUUUCUCCGGCAAAGUUGGUUACCAUUUUGUUAGCAAAAUUGAUUAAUGGCAGUUUAUCAACAUUGCAAGAGUUGGAUGUGGAAACAAUCCACUUUGAUCAAGUCAACUUGGUUUUGAAACUGCUUAUGUUCAACUUUGGCUCCCCCAGCAAAAUACAAGCAUUAAAAGUUGACAAGUUGGGUUGGGACCAGGCUGCAACUCUCGAUCUCAUUGAAAUUUGUAAGAAGCUUCAUUUCACUGACAAUCAUUUGGGUCUUAAAUACAUAUUGCAAAAUCAAAAUGGAGUUGUGGUUCAAAAAGUGAUUGCUAACAAACGAGAUCGCUAG